GGGGGCGCCGCCGCGCGAGUCCCCCUUCUGCCCCCCUCCCCUCCUUGGCUCGGCCGCCCGCCGCUUUGUUCCGGGCGCGCAGAGGGAAGGCGAGUCUGCGGCGGAUCAUGCCCAUGGUGUAGCCGCGAAGCGGAGGCAUGGCUGCCGGAAGGUUACUGCUCUACACCGGUCUCUCGCUUGCGCUCUGCGCCCUCGGCAUGCUGGCCGUGGCCAUCUGCUCAGACCACUGGUACGAGACGGACGCCAGGAAGCACAGGGACAGGUGCAAGGCCUUCAACACCCGCCGGGUAGACCCUGGCUUCAUUUACAACAACAACAACAACUUGCCGCUCCGGGCCAGCCGGUCGCGCCUGGACCGCUGGGAGGGCAAACUCCUGCGAGCCCGGAAUCGCCGGCAGCUCUUCGCCAUGAGCCCAGCGGACGAGUGCAGCCGACAGUACAACUCCACCAACAUGGGCCUCUGGAGGAAGUGCCACCGGCACGGCUUCGACCCCGAGAUCGCGGCCCUUAUUCGGAAAGGAGAGAUCGAGCGAUGCACCUACAUCAAGUAUCACUACUCCUCAGCCACCAUCCCCAGGAACCUCACCUACAACAUCACCAAGACCAUCCGCCAGGACGAGUGGCACGCCCUGCACCUGCGCAGGAUGACGGCUGGCUUCAUGGGCAUGGCAGUGGCCAUCAUCCUCUUCGGCUGGAUCAUCGGUGUGCUGGGCUGCUGCUGGGACCGAGGCCUUAUGCAGUACGUGGCAGGGCUUCUCUUUCUCAUGGGAGGAACCUUCUGCAUCAUUUCACUGUGCACCUGUGUGGCCGGGAUCAACUUUGAGCUGUCACGCUACCCACGCUACCUGUAUGGACUCCCCGACGACAUCAGCCAUGGCUACGGAUGGUCCAUGUUCUGUGCGUGGGGGGGCCUGGGCCUCACGCUAAUCUCGGGGUUCUUCUGUACCUUGGCCCCUUCUGUCCAACCUGUCCCGAGGACCAACUGCCCCAAAUCCAGACCCGAGAAUGGGACAGUGUGCUAAAAAACAAACCCAUACACACACACACACGCACACGCACACACACACACACAUAUAUAUAUAUAUAAAUAUAUAUAUAAUAUACAUAUAUACAACAAAACUCAAUCAAGAGGAUGCAAGUGCUGAGGCAGAGCUGAGUUGCUCAGGCACCCGCAUCUCGUCGGACUUUAUGUCGCCUCAUCACCAAGAUGGGGAACGCGUUCCCAUCAUGUGGCUCUUCCAUCAAUUCUUAACUUUUGGCUCCAUGGUUUCUUGAAGACAGAGUGACCUUCACCACUCAAGACAGCAUCCUGAUUUCUGCCACUUUCGAGGAUGGGGUGGUGGGCUGGGAAGGGACGGUGCCUGUGGUCCGAAGCGGCACAGGUGUAGAGAUGGAAGUGCCCUUUGCUGGGCCAGCCAGAGGGGCACCACCCCAACACCAAUCAUAUCACAGAGAAACAGCACCCUUAGUUCCUAGAGUGUAACCAGAUCUUUGAGGCCAUCUCCAGAAACACUUCUUUUCCUGCUCUUUCUGCUCUGAUUUCCUUCCUGCCCCACCAGCGACACACAAGAAGAAGAAGAGGAAACACACCAGGAAGUUUUCUCUUUGCUGCCAAACUUUUGGACCAAGUUUCAGAGGUGGGAAGUGGGAGAGCACAACGUGUUGAGAGGCAAGACCCGCAUCAAUAAAAGGACACUUCCGUGGAUGCUCAGAAAACCCAGUCUUACCUUCCAGCUGCCUUACACCCAGUUAAACAAGCGAACGCCCUGCCCCAAGCCCCACCUGCAUUCCCUGGGCAGACGAGAGCCUUGAAGUAACGCUGUGAUGUGCGUGCGUGCGUGCGUGUGUGUGUGUGUGUGUAUACUCAACUAUAGCACGUGAUUUCCCUUUUUUCUUCUUUUCACCUUUGAAAAUGGAAAUACUGCAUUAUGACUGUUGUCUAUCAUUUGUGGUGGUUUCAUGGCCCUGGAUGGAGGCCCCAACCAAGAAGCAUCAUGAGGGGAAGGCCUCCAGGGGUACCAUUUCUGCAGUUUCAGAUCCCUGGAGUAUGUGCGUGUGUGUGUGUAUGUGUGUGUGUGUGUGUGAUGGAUGUGUUCUGAGUGUGGGGUGUUAUCAUUUGCGUUACAUUUUUCUGUUAUUUUUAGUGCAGCUGAAAUUCCCAAAGGGCAGAACCAAGAACCAAACCACGGGGCAGAGGACCCUGUGGUUCUUCACAUGCCAGUUCUGGGAUGCCACGGGAUUUAGUCCCCUGAGUUUGAAAGUUCAAGACGCAGCUGGGUGCACAUGCCAUGAGCGAAGAGGGGGAACACGGUUCGAGAGGGAGAAGGAAAGCCGCCUCUGUUGCUGUUGGAAAGUACGAACACCAAACAAGACCUUUUACUGCCCAUCACGGAAGCCGUCCUUUGUCCCUGGACCUCCACCCCUUUCCUGGGGUGCCCUCUGUACAGAUGAAAGAAAGCGUGGGUCACAUGCAGAGAGAGGGCCGCCAUGUCCCGUGGGCUCCAAUCUGUAUGAUAUUGAGUCCAUUCACGGAGAACUCUUGACUCUUUCCAUCUUCUUCCUUUUCCUCUUGAUAUUCAAGGCCAUGAAUCUCGAAAUAGCCAUCUUGGUGGCUAGCACCCAAACAGAGGUGGCAUUGGCCAGGCCAGUACCUCCGGCUCUGUGGAGCACGUUGGCACCGCAGGUGCUGGUGAGCUGUGAAGUCAGCCAGAGGGUUUUGCAAGCCGUAGGGACAGGAGUCUGCCAGAAGGAGUGGGCAGGAGCAGCUGGCCAUCACCUCAGUGACCCUGCAGGGGCCAAGCAGCCCUGGGGAGGCAAAGAGAAUUCCUGAGUUGUCCAGCUAUGGAUCAACUGGUGUGGCCGAGAAUUCAGUUGCUUUAUCACUGAAAUGUGCUCUGGGGACUUUACCACCACUCAGCAGCCUUCCUUCCCAGCGGUGCCGUCUGUUUCUUUUCCUGUCUUGUGCCCUGUCUUCCCACCAGUCCUCACCUUUUCUCACCCACAAGCCAUUUUCCUCUCCCUCUUCCAUCCACCAGGCUCCAAGUCCUGCCCCUCUCCUCAUCUGCUCUUUUUGGCUCUGUGUGUGUGUGUGUGAGAGAGAGAGAGAUUCACAUCCAGAUAGGACAUCUGAUGUGCGUGGAUGGGUGUGAGUGUGGGUCUCUGUAUGUGUGUAUCUCUCGGGUGCAUUUUGUGUACACUUGAGUCAAUAAGUACCUGGAUGCAGGCAUGCGUGUACUAUUCAAGACUUCCUUGCUAGCAACACGGGUCAGCUUCUGCAACACAUCAUGCGUGAGAGUGCCCGGUGGGUGUGUGGGUGUGCUGGGAGACCAAGGGGGAGGAAAUGCGGUGAGCUCCUAAUUGCACGUCUAAGGAUUAGUUUUCAAACAAAGGAUUUAUUUUAUGAGAAGGGAGGUCAUUUUCAGAAAAACCCGGUGUUUUGAUUGUAUAGGGGAUUUUUUUUUUUUUUUUAAGAAUUUUCUUUGAAAAGUUUGAUUUUCCCCUUCAGGGGAUGGGCAUACUUGGGUUCCAGAAAAAAUCAGGAGAAGUAUCUCAGAUUGAGAGGCCAGUGUCUUCCUUCCAAGCGUCUUGACCGGGCUCUGCCUUGCCGGGAGAAUUGGGUAUCCACGGGGUGGGGGAGGGCAUGUCUGUGACCAGAUCCAAAUUUUAGCUGUUUCCCAGUUACAGGCAAAUGAGGAAAGAAACUCCAAAUGGGGCAAUUUGCUAUCAGUCAUUUAAACUCGUCUUAAGGAACUUUUCUUAAGGAACCAGUACUGCUCACCAACGUAUGAUACAUACCCUCUUUUAAAAUCCCGUGCUUGCUAUAAAUAGAUCAUACGCUGUCUCCAGUCUAAAUCAUAGACCUUGAACACAGCCUGUCGCAUCCCUUUGAAAUGUCCCUGAAAUGUUAGGAGGACUCCUAGGAAAGAAGUAAACCGCUUGGACUCACCUCACUAUUGUCAGAUCAAGAGCUUGGAGUUUUGUCUUGUUAGUGGGAUCAGGAAGGCGCGCAUGCGUGCACGCACGCACACAGACACGCACCCUGGGUCCGAGACUGCUCCGGGCAAUAAAAGCCCAGCCGCACGGUCGAGGUGGAAGCUCUGUGCAGAUGGCAAGCCCUGGCUGGUGGGAAAACUGCUCUGGUGGCCUUGAUCCCUCCAGCGUCGGGAGGGGCUUGACCCCAGAUGGAGACAUGCCCUCCAAGCUGUUACUGAAGCCUUUCGUGCUGUCACGGCUGAGGAAGAAGAGAAGGAAGGAGACUCAACCUGCGAGACCCUUGAGAUCAGACUCUGCUAACCCCAGACCAGAAUAGAGCCCAAACUUCUGAUGGGAUUUAGGGUCAGCAGCCUCACCCACCAGCCCCCAGCCCCCACCCCAGGUCAAAUUCAAAUACAGGUGUGCAGGCAAGGUCUCUGAGCAUGUUUGUGUUUUGAGCUCCAUGCAAGUGGACCUUGAACAAAGGGCCUAUUUCAGCAUUUAUUUCCUUCCUUGCCCUGUGACCCUCAGGAUUCAGGAGAGUGGGGUGUCUGCCUGGAAAAAGGUCCUGUUUCUUUCUCUCCCCAUUUUGGGGGUUUGGGUUUCCUCUUCUACUUUCCGUGGCGUUCUCGCCACUCACUUUUACUUUCCCUCUACAUCAACUUUGGUCAAUUAAAGUAGUUAGUUAAGGAAUUUGUCUUUUGAUAGGCUCAGACACUACAAGCAGCCCCCUUCCUUGUCAGUUGAGGCUCUAGGGUUCAUGAAGAGUUCUGUGACUCCUUGGCAUUAAAGUGUAAAAACAUGUCAAAUGUGCCUGUUCCAGCUUCAAAAGUAUAAGCCCCAGCCUUUCAACAAUUACACCCUUUCAAUUUCAGGGAUCAUGAUGUCACAAAGACUCAAGGACUCCAAUGAAAACAAAGACUUCCUUGAUCACAGGUCCAUAUACAGAGCCCUGGGCCCUGGUGUCAUUUGGGGAUACUCUCCUAUUGGGAGUGAGUGGUUCCAGCAACCUUGCCUUUCCUUUGAUAAGAGAAGAAGAGACUGUGAGUCUGAACCCUACAUCUUAAUUUCCAUCCACAGUCUAAAAUGAAAGAACGCUGUGUAGGUGUCCUGAUUGAGUGGCAGGAUGUGGCACUUUGGUCUCCAAAGCUGCCCACCUGAGUCAGAUUCAGAAUAAUGAUGUCAAGUACAUCCCCCAGAGGCAUUGCGAAUGGCCUCUGUCUUCACCUGGCUUAUUCUGAGAGUGUGCAAUAACUGAUUUUCAAGUAUCUAAGGGGAAGGAGUGGGAAGAAAUACACUGUGGUCAUCUUUGGUGUGAUGUGUGUGGGAUGUUUGGUUGAUUCUUGCAGCUAAAGGGAAGCUACUUUUCUGAAAACGUUCCCUCUGCUCUAGGGACCUGCCUUUCUACUGGACACAUCCAGCCCCUUCAGUGGAAAUUUGAUGAGUCAUUGAGUGAUUUCACCACAAAUAAAAAUAGUUGGUGCAUAACAGCCGGGUUGGCUUCUGUGCUGUCUUCCAGCUGUUAUGCAGUAGAGAAAGGGGACAGAUUUUUAAACAAGCCCACCUGAGUUGAUGGACAUAAAAUUUGGGUGUCUCUCAACCCGGUCACCUUCAUGGGCUGUAUUUGCCCUCUUUCCAUUGAUGCUUCCAUGGUGCAAAAUGUUUCUUAAACAUUGUUGUUCUUCAUUCUUAGACUCCUUUAUUAUUGGCUAUUUGAUUUUUUUUUUCCUGAGUAAUACAUGCUCACUGUAGAAAAUUAUAAAGAUAAAAUACAAAAGGAAGAAACCCUAGAAGACUGUUCAAAAUGCCAUUGCUCUGAGGCAUCAUAGUGAUCAUGGCCCCAACACUUGUCUGAUCAGUCAUUGUCUCUGGGUUGGUAGUGGGGCCAGGGGUGCAGCCCAUGACCAUAGAACUACAUUUGUCUAUGUAGGGUUCACAGCAGCAGGAGCACAGAGCUCUGAACCCCCAGAGGUAGCAAAGAGGCCUUUGAGGAGGCUCAAUGCCAGAGCUUAGGGGCAGGGUGGAACAGAGCUAAAAGAUUCCCACUUUGGGAUUUCUUUCCUAUUUCUUCUUUUUUGACUUUCUUUCUUUCUUUCUUUCUUUCUUUCUUUCUUUCUUUCUUUCUUUCUUUCUUUCUUUCUUUCUUUCUUUCUUUCUUUCCUUCCUUCUUUCUUUCUGUUUGAGUGCCAUGGCAAUCUAAUUAUAAGUGUAGGCUCAAUGAAGCCAGAGUAACUCACUAAUUAAGCUACACUUUUACAAUGCAACUACUGUAAAUCUCAUUUCAGCUCUGCACUAAAAUGAUUUCUGACUCUGGGCACUGUGUAUUCUCCAUACUUGAACUUCCUCAUCCACAAAAUGAGGACAGUUAUAACACUUUACCUCAUGGUAUAUUAAGGGUGACAAAGAAAUUGCAAAGUAAUUUGCAAACAUGAAGUGUCAUAUAAGUGUAUCUUAUGCACUGUUCAAAUUAUCCUGCAGCAGCCGAGCCCCCACUGAAUGGAAUUCUUCCAUGUAGUUUCUGAGCCUCACUGUUGGAAGGAUGAUCUAGAAUAAGAGGACAUCUUGGCCACUGAACAGGACUGUACUAUCCAACUAAAACACGUGGGUUUUAUUCAGGUUCCUCAGAGAGCUGACUCCUUAAUUUACCCAUUCUCAGGCUUCCUUCCUUUCAUCCAAAGCCAGUUUUGCAAAGAGCACUCUUAAUCCCUCUUUAUUAGUCCAAAAAGUGAUGGAAUAAGUAAACCAUAUGUGGCAAAUAGGAUAUGUGAGCUAAAAGGGGUAACAGUUAACCAAGGCCCAUAGUCAAUGCCUUAUUUAUUUAUUUAUUUAUUUAUUUAUUUAUUUAUUUCCAUCCUCCUAACAUUAUUUCUGGCUGUCCAUGCCCCAAGUGAUGGGUGCAAAUCAGACUCUAGAACAUUCUAAUGGUCUUCGACGUUUAAGAUGGGAACAAGUUUCAAGGAACUGGGAUCUUCUUUCUCCUGAUGAGUUGGUGAAGCAUAUGGCUUCAUGCAAAGCAUAUGGAUUCUUACAGGAAGUUUUUUGGAUAGUGAUUCACUGGGAAAUGUUCUGGGAAUGAUCCUGUGUGGGGAAAAAACUGAAUGCUAGGUUCUAAGCAAGAGAAGAAUGCACUUCCCAAAGGGUCUGCUCACCUUCUGCUUUGCAGGGGAUGUGCUUACAGUGAUAUGGUGAGACCUUUGAGGGAAAGCCAAGUCACUGCUUGGAUGAUAGAGUUGGGAGCCCAGACAGGAAUGGAGGAGCCACCCAACCACAGGGGUGUUUGUUCAAUACUGAGAUACAGAAAAAUGGGUGUAAGCAGAGGGGGUUGCACAGCCAUGAUGUAAACCGGGCAUGGCUUUGACAGAUACCGACCUCAGCAAUUGCAACUCCUUCUAUUCACUUCCAAGGACUGGCUGUGGCUCCUGGCGGAACUCUGUGUCCCUCUGUCCUCUCCUGGCAACACGUUUCCCUUCCUUUCUGGGUCACCCGUAGACCCUUUCUAGCCUGAAUGUAUCAGUGCGUCUGUGUUGUUGUGACUGUAGUGAUGCCUUUCACAUAAAGAGCUUUCACGAACUCAUUCUCCUCCCCUUUCCCACUUCCAUCUACGGUGUGACUGUUUUGCUAUUCAAGACUAUCUGUAAAAAUGUACAAAUACAAGUGGAAACUGAAAAUAAGGGGGAGGGAAUUGAGACUAAACAAAUGCAUUGAUGUAGCCCUCAGUUUUCUGAGGACUUAUGUAGACUGCCCUAAAAUCUCAACUCUGGGUGGGAUUUGAAGGGAGGGAAGCCAUUGGCGCAGGAGGUUUUUUAUUUUUAUUUUUUAUUUUAUUUUUUUGGUUGUUUCUCUGACAGUCACGAGUGUCUGCUUGGAACUCUCUGUUCUAAAGGUUUUUGCCUUUGAAGUAAAACAUAUUUUCCAAAAAAGUAAAAGCAAGUCACCCAAGUGUGAAGGGUGAAGGUCAUCACGAAGGUCAACACAGAGACCGGAUUCUGGGUGGUAUUCGUAGCUUUGUCACUGGCUCACCCUUGGGUGAAUCUUGUUACCUCACCACGUCUCUUUGUCCUCUCAGCCAAACAGGGGGCAGGGGGGCUUCCGGGGCUCCUGGGUGCUGAGUGUCCUUGGCCAAUCCGCUGCUAUUUUCGGAGAGGCUCUGAGCCCAUGCUGGUGCGUGCUUAUUGCAGGAGGUGCAGUCAGAGAGCCUCUCCUUGCUACUCUCGCCCCAUGUUUUCACUCCUCAGAAAGUAACCUCAAGCUAACAACCAGUUUGUGCUCAGAGUCCAAAGCCUUUUAUCUACCUUUUCAUUCUCAGAUGCCUUUUCCACCCACUUUGAGGAUCUCAUUUUCCUGUCGUCACUGACAGAGCUUUGCUGCACUGGGGUAGGAGAAAUAGUAUCCGAGGAGAUGAUGUGUGUGAGUUGGUUCGUAAUAGAUGACCGACUCUACCGACCUGGCUCGCGCGGUCAGACGCAGGGAGUCUGGCUGAGGAGUGCAACCAAAUCCGAGUGAAGAGAGCAUUGUGGGGGUGGGAGUGGAGGAGACAGUGGGCAGCAGAUGUGGGCCGGCAGAGGAGGUAAGAUAAAGAAAGCUUUUGGAAGGGGAAAUGGCAGAAUCACAGGGCAUCCUCAGCAUGGCAGCAGAGAAGUUCCCCCAAAAGGCAGGGUACACAUAAGAGGAAGUAGGAAAGAGCAACAGGGGCAGGGAAUCCUACACCCCAAAGAGCUGCCACCUCCCCCAAGAUUGAGAAGACUAGCUGUCCCAGGGAGGAUUCACACCAAGCUUGGUCAUUGACCUAACUCUCCUCCUCCUCGGCACCUUCAAUCCAAACCUUUCUCCUUUGUGAGAAUCCACAAUGAUCACCUCUGGGAUCAGCUUUAGGAAGGCAAUUUAGACCAGUGCUGUCUGAUAGAUACCAUGUAAGGCACAUAGGCAAUUUCAAAUACCCUAGGAGCCCCACUUUUAAAAGUCCAAAGAAGCAAGUGAGAUUAAUUUUAAUACCUGUCUUAACCCAACAUAUCAAAAAUAUUUCAACAUGGAAUCAAUAUAAAAAUUACUGAGAUAUUUUAUGUUCUUUUUUUUUUUUUUUCAAAUGAAGUCUUUGAAAUUCAAUGAGAAUUUUACUCUUAGAAAACAUCUCAGUUUGGCCCAGACCCAUGGCCAGUGCCCAAUAACCACACAUGGCCCCUCGCUGCCGUACAGAACAGCAAAGACUUCUCAUUAGGUGAUGGGAUGGGGUACCCCUUCACUGGUGAGUCACUCAGACCUCACAGCUAACAGGCUGGAGCUGGUGCUGGCCCUGAGCAGACAGCACAGGAGCAAUGUCCAGGAUGCCAUCCCGGCCUCUGGAAGAUAUGCAUCACCUGCUGAGAGGAGAGGAGAGGAGAGGACCACUCAAAUACAUGUCACAUCUGCCCCAGGGGGUCAGUGCUGCCCCAGGCAGGGCCGUUGUUACCCAUCAAAGUUCUAGUGGCCAAACAAGUUCCUUAGCUGUAGGAACACCAGUUUAUCCCUUAUCCAGAAACCCUUUAUUUUAGGAUAGGGGGCAGCCAGGCCUUCUCUUUGUCAAGAAUAAAAAUCUCCACAACUUCUUGUCAUCUGGUCCAGUUACCUGCUAAUAGCGUCUCAUCAAUAUUUGGACCUAUUUUCUCAAUCCCUUACUUUCCUUAAAUGCUAAAAGGGGCUAUGCUGGAAAGGGCAGUGGCCACAGGCAGACUAGGUCUCCUAGAAGGUGGCAGUGACAAGCUCUGUCCCUUAUACUGGGAUGCGAUCCACCAUUGCCCACUCCUCCUCCCUGCCUAGAGACCCUCCUUAGAUUUGAAGAAACCUCUUUGGUGGGGUGGGAGGUAUGUAAGGAGGAGUAGAGGUGAAUAGUGAGAUCUUAGUGCAGAGAAUGGAAUAAAAUGCAAGCAAGCAACCCCUGGGCAUUCUCAAAGCACUUCAAAGAGCCAAUAUGACAAGGUUUGAUUCAUUUAAAAUACCGCGUUCUGAGCCCUGUGUUAUCGAGCAAAAGAGAACGAACUGAUUUGGUGAGUAUGUUUUAUAUACAGUCAUUAGACAGGGACCAUAGCCGACGAAACUCUUCAACACCUGGAGCGUUUAUGGUCCACUAGAUUUUUGCUCAAUCAAUAUAAAUUUAUUUACCUUUACUUUAAUUUGCAUAGUGCUUUCUGAUUGGUUAGACAAGGAGUGAUGUGUACUGCAGGAUUCCAACACCGCCUCUGCCCUUGGAGGUAGCAAUUCCUGUGGUUAUUGGUGCUAAAAUAAGAUUAAAUAUUAUGUUCAUUUGUUCUGAUACGAUGUGAAUAAAUGUGUUGUUUAAUCUUAACCAGAAUGCUACAUCUUAUCAGAUCUACUGUACUGUCUGUUCCUUCUCAUAAUUAAUUAAUUACAGGAAAGGUGAUCCGAACCAGAUCUUGAAACUAUUGUGCUAUUCUGAGAGGUGAAUUUAACAGGGAAGUGGGAGGGGGGGGAUGAAAAGGGAAAUUGCCAGGUUUCUGUGACUUUGCAAAGACUGAGGAAGCAGAGAGCAUUUGGGGACUUCACUGACACUGACUGCAUCUUGCAAUUUUCUUUUUCAAAUUGGCAGAAAUAUUGUAUUUCCAUCGAUUGAAGAAAAAAAGUGUCUGGUAAUUAAUUAAAUGACUUGUUCAUGGAAAAAAUAAAAAUAAAUAAUCUGUCAGUUGUGGAAUGUAAACUGAUUAAACAAUUAAAUAAAGAA